GCAGCCAGCCCUUGCCAGUUGCCAGGAGGCAGCCUGCGUGCUCUGCCCUAUGAUUGGGACGCUGGGCUCAUCCAUCACGGCCGUGGUGGCGCGAGCGUAGGGUGCUUGCUGGCUCACUGACUGUGUGUCUACCGGGAGGAGGAGGAGGAGGCAGGAGGGGCCAUGCCGAGGCGAUGGGCUUAGGGAGGAGGAGGCUGGCUGCUGUCUUGGCAGGCAAAAGGCGCGCCCAACCAUCUUUGGCUUCCAUCAUGAGUCUGGUGUGAGCACAGCCCAGGGCACAGGCAUCUCCAUGGUUCAGGACGGCGGUAUGUCACGCACACCUUACAGCUCCAGUCAAGACAUCCAGAUGGAGGUCUUUGACAAUCCUGGUCUCCAGGGGAAGUAUAGCAAACGGAAGAGCCGCUUCAAACGUUCUGAUGGCAGCACCUCUUCGGACACGACUUCCAACAGCUUCGUCAGGCAGGGUUCUGCCGAGUCCUAUACCAGUCGCCCAUCUGACUCAGAUGUGUCACUGGAAGAAGACCGUGAAGCUCUGCAUAAGGAAGCAGAACGUCAAGCCCUGGCACAGCUGGAGAAAGCAAAGACCAAGCCCGUGGCAUUUGCUGUGAGGACUAAUGUGGGCUAUAACCCUUCUCCCAAUGAUGAUGUACCAGUCCAGGGCAUGUCCAUUUCCUUUGAACCCAAAGACUUCCUUCAUAUUAAAGAGAAAUAUAACAAUGACUGGUGGAUUGGACGCCUCGUCAAAGAAGGCUGUGAGGUUGGUUUUAUCCCUAGCCCUGUCAAGCUGGAGACCAUGAGGAUGCUACAGGAACAAAAAAUGAGGCAACACCGGCUCAGUUCCAGUAAAUCGGGAGACAACUCCACCUCCAGCCUGGGAGAUGUGGUGACAGGCCCCCGGAGACCCACCCCACCUGCCAGUGGUACCUUGGAUAUGACUAACUUAGCUUAUGACCCCGACGCUCUUGACUUAGAGGAGGAGGAGGAGGAAGGAACCGAGGAGAACCAGCGAACCCCUAAGACUAGUGUUAGCAGCGUCACCACACCCCCCUCCACCACCAAGCGCAUCCCCUUCUUUAAGAAGACAGAGCACGUGCCACCAUAUGAUGUGGUCCCUUCCAUGCGGCCAAUCAUUCUUGUAGGCCCAUCUUUGAAGGGGUAUGAGGUGACGGACAUGAUGCAGAAAGCAUUGUUUGAUUUCCUGAAGCGCCGAUUUGAUGGCAGAAUAUCCAUCACACGUGUAACAGCUGAUAUCUCCCUGGCCAAGCGCUCAGUCCUCAACAACCCUAGCAAACUCACCAUCAUUGAGCGUUCCAGUACCCGCUCGAGCCUGGCUGAAGUGCAGAGUGAGAUUGAGCGCAUCUUUGAGCUGGCCCGGACACUGCAGCUGGUAGCCCUAGAUGCAGACACCAUCAACCACCCAGCUCAACUAUCCAAGACCUCAUUGGCGCCAAUCAUAGUCUACAUCAAGAUAUCUUCCCCCAAGGUGCUACAGAGAUUAGUGAAAUCUAGAGGCAAAUCCCAGGCCAAGCACUUGAAUGUGCAGAUGGUGGCGUCGGACAAACUGGCACAAUGCCCCCCAGAAUUGUUUGACAUAAUCCUGGAUGAAAACCAGUUGGAAGAUGCCUGUGAGCACUUGGCAGAGUACCUGGAAGCCUACUGGAAGGCCACACAUCCUCCCAGCAGCAACCCACCCAAUCCGCUGCUGACCCGCACCAUGGCAACCGCUGCCCUGGCUGCCAGCCCCGCCCCAGUCUCCAACCUCCAGGGACCCUAUCUAGUGCACGGGGAGGAGCCUCAUGAUUCUGAGCACGCCAGUCUGCAUGAAUAUGCUGGGCAGCCAACUGGGCGUGGCCAGGUCCGGCCAAUCCAGCCUCCCUCACACCUUGCUGCCCGGGGCCUUUCCCGUCAGGACACCUUUGAUUCGGAGACACAGGGCAGCCGCGAUUCCACCUACACUGAGCCAGGGGAUUCCUGCAUGGACAUCGAGACCGACCCCUAUGAAGAGCCGGAACCUCGUGGCCUCCAUGGCCUGGGCCACCGCCGCCACCAGCGCCAGGGCUCCUGGGAUGCCGAAGAGCCUGACCGUCAAAACCACAACCGACCUCUGCGUGGGCGUGGCAAGGGGCGCGAGCGCUACUGCCAGAAUGAGGAGGAAGCCCUGGGCCGUAACCAUAAUGAAGUGGAGGACUGGGGGCGGGACGCCUACAUCCGUUAAAGCCCUGAGGGGCAGGGCUUUCAUUCACUGGGAGGAGAGGCCUCUUCCCACUCAGAUCCUAAGGGGCAGAGGCUGUCUUCAGUUGGGUAGCCCCUGGGGGUAGACGCAAUCUGCAAGAGGAUUGGCCUGUACCCUCCCAGGUGGGUUUUGGUGGGUGUCACAUUUGCAUCCCAUCACUGGCCAGUUCUGGGCGUGAAUUCCCUUCCUUACCAUUCUUGUUUGAGGAUACCCUCCACCCCGUCUCGCCUUGCCAUUUGUGCCAACAACCUCUGUGACCGUCCCUGUCCUGCCAGCCGGCACUGCCUGGGCUUUUCCCACAAGGUCAUGAAUAAUUGAUCGCCUGUACCUUAAACUCCUCUUUCUACUCAGGGUCCCGUGGACCUGGAGAGGGAGAGGGCCAGUCUCCGUUGGUGCCUAGGGUCACCUCCAAACUCGGGCAACAGCCACGGUAAACAGCUGACCAUAGACUGCCCCUUGUUGAACCAUUCCUACCUGACCCCUUCCAAUUCCAAGCAUCAGCCAAAUGGAGCAAUAGGGUCUCUUCUUCCCUCUACAAAAUCAAAUCACCAUAGAUUUGUUUUUUCCCUUUGACCAACCCAACCACUGGCCAGUGGAAAGUGGGGGCAAAAGCUAACUCCCAGUUUUCUGUCACUGCAUCUGCUGACUGCAAGAUCCUCUCCAGUGCCUACAAAUGGAAUCUAGCCCCUAUCACCUUAAAUCCUUGUUCCCUACCCAUCCUCCAGUGCCUCCGCUCAUAACCCUUCUGGGUGUAUUUCACCUGCUGGACAGGCCCUGGGCCUACAGACUGCAUGCACGUGUGGGGUGUACCAUGCCUGGCAAGGUGGGGAGGCUUUUGGCCUGCUUCCUUUCAGUCAUGCCGUUAUAACUGGCUGUUCCGCUCUUAAUACUGAUGUUGGAAACCCCUUUGCAGCAUGUGUGUGAGAGAUUGGUCUGGGGUGUUUGGCAGACGAAAGGUAGGAAGAUGCUCCCAUCAUUCCGACCUAAAGGAGUGUGUCCUUCCAGAUUAUUCCACAGUGGCUUCCUGCUACCUUUUGCUGCAGGUGCUGUCUUCACAGUGGGAUUCUGAAUGCUGGCUCAUCCUGCUGAAGCCUCUUCCUUUCUGAGUUCUGCCUUUAAAGACAGCAUUUCCCUUUCCAGUAAGGCCUGGGGGCUCACCUUUCAAAGUGAUUAUUAGCAGCAAUCACUAGAGUGCAUGAGUUGCAGAAGGAGCAACAGGUAAAUGGUUCCAGUGGAGAGAAAUGGAAGGCGAGAUGAGUUGGGUGUGUGUGUGUGUGCCAUGCAACUGCUAACUGGUGCCCUUGAUCUGCCAUGACUGACGACUCCUGUGCCUGCUGCAGGACCUGGGUACCAAAUGGAUUGGCAGGGGCUGUGGGUGGACUUCUGCUUAGAGCAUUUUGUCACUCUACAAACCACAGUGGGGAAGUAGUAGCCAUUCUGCCCUCUGAAUUUCAGCAGUUACCCUUGCAGGCACCACUGUACCCAUACCCACCUUUUGGGGCACCCAUCUUGUGCCAAAAUUUGCCCUUAGGCCUAAAGGAUUUUAAGAGACUUUCCUUUUUAAGGGAUUGCUGUUCUUUAAAGGAUUAACAGUAGCACAGAAUGUAUCCAAUGCUCUUAAUUUGAGGAGACCAUCCAUUUUUGCCUUCUUGCAAGCUUUUACACCUGGUAACCACACUCCAUCUUCUCCUGAGGGUGUGUGUGUGAGAGAGAGAGUGAGAGUGUGUGUGUGAGAGAGAGAGAGAGAGAGAGAGCAAAGUUUCUUUUACUGCACAAACCACAAAAGUCAUUCUGACCAACUGAUCCAUCCCAUGUUUUCCUCUGCCCUGAUGCUUAUCGCUCAUGUGCUAAAUGCCUCAGUCUCCAUUAAAACAGCACUUCUCUCUUCAACAUGAAUGUAACAUUCUUUGGGAAAUAUUACCCCUAAUAACCGAUUCCCUCAGUCAGGGAAAAAUGUUAAACAUGGCCUUAGAUCACCCCCUCAGGCCUUACAAGUCAUCUUGCCCUUGGGUAAAGCUAGAGAGUACAUUCAUUUUGGAACAAAUGAAAAAAUGAAUCAGUCUAUUUGGUUAAUUUUUCAUUCAUUCCAAAGCAAAUGCCAAUGACAUGAAGUCAUUAAUAGCUUUUGCUUUUGUCAAUCAUUUUUGUGUUGUAGUAUUUUUUUUUUUAAUUUGAAACCGACAGCAACAAGACUCAUUCCAGUGGCUGUCUCCCACUAGCCAUUAAUUCUAGGUUCAGUGUGGGUUACUGACCCACAUGGGUCAGUAUAAGAACUCACGGAAACAAUUACACAAAUGUGAUUUUAUUGAAUGAGUGAUUAAAUAAAUGAGGCUUUUAUGAAUGGAAUAACAACACAAACCCAUUUAUCAUGCAUACCUAUUGGAGAUUUGUCCUAGUUCAGCUGGGGGGCGGGGAAGGGAGCUUGAUGUAGCAUAUAACCAUGAUCCACAGAUACAUCAACAUGAGUUAUUGAAAUGAAAGAAGGGUAGGUACAAGACCCAGUUGUUAAUAAGAAAUUUAGAUUAGAAACUGGACAUAGCUUCCGAAGUUUGGAAGCGGUCAAAUUCUGUGGUGAUUGGGGAUGGCCAGUGUGCAAUGUUAUCAUACCUUUUGUGGCAGGGGUGUGGUUAACUUGAAUUAGUUCUAAUCCCCUUCAGCCUUUGCGGUUUUUAAAAAAACCCAAGUAUCAUAUGCGUUUCCAAUAAGCAGUACAUCAAAUGUUUUUGGUCUGCUUGUCCAGUCCUUUUUUUUUUUUUUUUUUUUUUUUUGGUAAUCUCUUAGGGUUGCCUGGUGUCCUUGAUCCCUUUUUUCAGCUGCUAUCUUUUAUUCCAGAGCCUUGUGUGUCCACAGCACUUUAACUGACAUCCUUUAUAGCAAACACUACAACUCAAAAUAUUACUUGUUUUUGAUCUGGCAACUUCAACAAUCCCUUGAAUGUUUGACUACUGUCUUGCUAUCGUGACCUUGGAAGUAGAGUAGAAUGCCUGGAUUCCUUAGGUCCAAAUCAGCAUUGGGUUGUUAUCCCAUGUCAUAACUUGGUAGUUUUCAACACGACAAUAUUGGACUUGGUCUGAGUGUAUGGAGGCCUUCAAAUUUGUGUCUGUGGUGGCUUCCAUAUAUUUCCUUCGUCUGCUAUUUGGAGCUUCAGAGAUGCAUAUUUGCAAAUUCCUGUGUUCUUUAGAGAAAUGUAUUCCCAAAUCCAGCUGUUCUGGUUGGGUAAGAGGUGCAGGGAAGGGGAUUUAUUACUUUCCAUCAGACUUAAAGAGAGCAAAUGGGAUUCGAAUCAUGAGAAACGUGCAUUUGUCAUAUAUCAACUUGAGAGAGUGUUGUUUCGUUUUAUUAUUUAUUCUUAGCAUUGUUCCUUGGGGUGAAAUUCCUUGGACAAACUUGGAUUCUUUGUAGUGAAUGGCUGUACCAAAACUCUUAUUAGCAGGUGGUGCUGCAAUGGAGGGGGGCAUUUUAAAGGAUGUGCAACUGACAGUGGCAUACCUAGGACAAGACUUCGGGGAUCAAGUUCAGCCCUCAGCUUUUGGGACCUCCAAAUGUCCUGGGGGGCCUCCCUGAAGCCCCCGGCACACCUCCACACCACCCACUGCUCUCUUUCCUGUGCUGCAGUGGGCCCAGGGUGGGAGGGAGCUAAGUGGACCUCCUCCGUGCUACCAGCAGCGGCAGCUGAGCCCUUGGCCAGGCUGGUGAGCUUCUUCAGGCAUCAUGGCUUGCGACACCCAAAACUCACACUUCACGGGCGCACGGGAGCUACUCGCUUGUGCUUGUGCCUCCAGCAGGCCCCAAGACGCUCAGCAGCCCAGCCAAGGGCUUAGCCGCCACCACUGGUUGGAUGGAGCAGGCCCACUCGACUCCCACCCACCUUGGCCAUGCACAUGGAAGCACAGGAAAGAGGGUGGAGGGGUGGGCAUGUGGGUGGGGGCACUGCAGGGAGGAAGGGGGCUAAAGCGUGCAAGGAGGGGGCUUCCCACAAGCACAGAGGGGGGCCUCUUGGGGGGGCUCACAGGAGGAGAGGGGCCAGAGCGGGGGGAAGGAGCCUCCAAAGCCCUUUAUGUCUGGGCUUCCAAAAUGCCUAGGUGCGCCGCUGGCUACUGAACUUUCAGAUGAUGAUUGCUGAUAAUGCAUGGCCAGCCCCCUACCACCUUAUAUUUGCACCUCUCAGAUUUAUUCCCCACUUCGGGUUGUUUUAUGGUAUAUUUUGGAGAGAAUACUGGGGGAGAAAAGGUGACUGACAAUAGUAGAGAAGUCCUGCCAAGUCUCUGCCUCAUUCUACAACUGAUCCUUCAGUGUUCCAGUGACCCAGCCCCAUUACCAUGGGAAUAAAAGUAUUUUAUAAAAUGCCA